AUGCGGUGGUUGUGCCAGUCCAACUUCCCAUGCGCUGGAGCUGCAGCAUGUCCUGCUGUGGAGUCAGACGUGCGCUAUAAUGGGUACCCAGAGGACGUGGGGGUUAGAGAUAGGCUCUCACUGUGGAAACCAUUGGUGCUGCUGAUACCUCUCCGCCUUGGGCUCACAGAGAUCAAUGAAGCCUAUAUUGAAACACUAAAGCACUGCUUCAUGAUGCCCCAGUCCCUGGGAGUGAUCGGAGGGAAACCAAACAGUGCUCACUACUUCAUUGGCUAUGUAGGUGAGGAACUCAUUUACCUGGAUCCCCACACUACGCAGCCUGCAGUGGAGCCCAACGACAGCGGCUGUCUCCCCGACGAAAGCUUCCACUGCCAGCACCCUCCCUGCAGAAUGAGCAUUGCUGAGCUCGACCCCUCCAUUGCGGUGGUGUGUUCCUGCUGCUUGUUGCCAAUCACCUGA